AUGAUUGAUAUAAAUGUUGAAGAUAAUGAAAUGCAAGAUGUUGAAAUUAAAGGCACAUCAUCCCAACCUAUUAAUUCACAUGAAGAAAAGUUUAAGAAACCCAUUUCAAAGAAUUCUUCAAUUUAUAAACCACCAACAAAUGAAGAAAUUCAAGGGAUAAAAGAAACUGCAGACUUGUAUCAAUCAAAUAUUUUUAAAUUACAAAUUGAUGAACUUUUAUCAGAAAUUAAUAUUGAUUAUAAUGACAAGAAGAUAGUUAAAUUAGAAAAGGCAUUAAUGAUGUUGAAACAGAUUUAUGGAAACAUCAAUGAUAUAGAGGAUCUUUCGAUCAAAGAAGUAAAAGAUUAUAUGUUAAAUAAUCAUAACAUUGUGAUUCCAUUUCCUGAUCCACAACCUUCUGAAGAUAUCCAAUAUAAGUUUGGAUUUAAGAAACCAACUGCUUUUUAUUUAGUUGGUAGUUAUGCAUUGAAAAAUUUAGCAAUAGGUAGAAACAGGCUAAAUGUAGAUUUUGCUGUAGUAAUGCCCAAGUCUAUAUUUCAAGAAAAAGAUUAUAUGAAUUAUCGUUAUUUUUACAAACGAGCUUAUUAUCUUUCUGUUUUAGCUUCAGCAUUAAAAAAGAAUAGUUUGGAUUUUAAUGUUAAAAUGGAAUUUGAUACACUUGAUGGUGAUAGAAGACGUCCUAUUUUGAAAUUAAAAGCAGUUAAAGAUCAUUCAGAAACAGAUUUUUCAAAACUUAAUUGUGUGGUUCGUGUUCUACCAUGUAUCCCUAUGGAUUUAUUUCCUUUUCAACGUUUAUCACCUAUACGAAACAAUAUUAGAUUUCAUAAUGAUCAAAAAAACAAGAAUGAAAAACUGCAAUCACAGAAAUCACAGACUUUACCAUCAACACCACAAUAUAAUUCAGCUAUUUUAAAAGAUAUGUAUUAUGUACCACAUUUAAAUUUUUUGUAUAAACAAGUUAAAUCAUGUGAAGCAUUUGUUGAUGCUUGUAAACUUGGUAAGGUUUGGCUUCAACAAAGAGGAUUUGGAACAGAUGAUGAUGGUUCUAAUGGAUUUAAUGGGUUUAUUUGGACCAUGCUAAUGGCAUAUUUGUUGACAUAUGGUGGAGGUCCUAAUGGUGGUAAAAGGUUAUCUAAUGGUUACAGUUCUUAUCAAUUAUUCAAAGGUACUAUGGAUUUUUUAGCAAGUCAUGAUUUUAUUAAAAAUCCUGUAUUUAUGAAUACUUCUGAGAAGCAUGAAGAGAUACAAUAUGAAGCUAAAUUGGCAAUGAGGUAUUUAAAUGAUACAAAGAUUGAUAGAUUUGAACCACUAUUUUUAAGAAAAGUUGAUGAUGUAAAAUUGGGAUAUGAUAAUUUUGCAAUGAUUAAUGACGUUCCAAAAACAUAUGAUUUGUACACUGAUUCAGCUAAAUUGGAUUAUCCAGAUAGGUUUGUGCAUUUUGCAAAAGUAUUACCAAAUUUACUUGGUGAAGGACUUUCAGAUCGUGUAAAUUUAAUUGCAAUAAAUUAUACAAAAUUACCAUCUUGGGAUAUUUCAGAACAGCCAAAAUCAUUUCUAUUUUCAAAAGCUGCUAAAUUAUUUAUUGGGUUAAUUUUUAACCUUGAUCAAUCAAAUCGUUUAGUUGAUUAUGGACCAUCACCAGAGGAUAUAGGAGCAGCAGCAAAAUUUAAAAAAUUAUGGGGUAAAAAAGCUGAAAUUCGACGCUUUAAGAAUGGCAGUAUUUUAGAAUGUGUAGUUUGGGAACCAAAAGGAGGAAUUGAAUCAAGGGGUCUUAUUGUCAGUUAUAUUGUACAUCAUUUGUUAUCACUUCACUAUGGUAUUAAGCAAGAAAAUAAAGGAAUACAGUAUUGGGCAAGUCAAUUCAAUGAAUUUGUCAGGCUAACUUCAAAUGUUCCCAAAUUUAUUUAUAACCAGGAUUUAAGUCAUCAAGGGUUUCAACCUGUAAUGAAUGCUUAUGACAAUCUCAUAAAAAUGUUAAACUCUUUGGAAGAUUUGCCUUUGAUAAUAUCAGGAAUUAAAUCAUCCAGCCCUGCUUUAAGAUAUUCAACUGUUUUUAUUCCUCAAGCAACUAGUAUUGAUUACAACUAUUUUAUUGAGCCUGUUGAAAUCAUCAUUGAAUUUGAACAUUCUACUAAAUGGCCUGAUGAACUUGUUGCUAUGCAAAAGAUGAAAACAGCAUUUUAUCUCCGAAUUGCAGAGAAAAUAAAAACCCAAUAUCUUAAAAAUAAAGUUUUUGUUCUUGCAGAUAAUCAAGACCUUAUUGUUUCUAAAGGAUAUAUAGAUAUUGUCAUUGAUGGAUUUGUUUUCAGAUGUCGUAUUCAACAUGAAAGAGAAAUGAUAUUAUUAGAUCAGGGUAUAAAAAAUAAAAAAUCCAGUAUUAUUGAAAAAGAAGCUUACACAAAAGCAUUAUCAAACUACAAAUAUUUAUUUAUACAAGUACCAUCACAUAGUGCACAAAUUCAAACUUUAUGCAACAAAAAUCCUUCAUUAUCAUUGACUAUCCGUUUGGCAAAAAGAUGGUUUAGUGUACAUCUUUUGAGCUCACAUGUUUUACAAGAAUUUAUUGAAAUCUUAUGUGCAUUUGUAUUUUUGGAUUCAAAUCCUUGGUCAAUACCUUUAAGUGGUUUUAUAGGGUUUAUAAGAGUGUUAUGGUUGAUAUCAACAUGGGAUUGGAAAAACGAGCCAUUGAUUGUUAAUUUUGAAAAUAAUGGUGAAAAUGAGACUACAAAAAUUAUAAAUGAGAUUAGAGAGAAGUUUAAGAACAUAAGGCAAACUGAUAAAAAUCAAAAACAUGCUUCUAUGUUUGUUGCUAGUACAACUGGAAAUGGAACUGUAUGGGGAUGGGAUAGACCAUCUAAAGUGGUAGCAGCAAGGAUUAAGGAUUUGGCAAAGUCAGCUCUUAUAUGUAUUGAUGAAUCCAUCAAAAAUGGUGAUUAUUAUGAUAUAUUAAUUUACAUUGAUCCAUCAAAGUGCACUCGUUAUUAUCAAAACAUAAAUCCUGAUAGUAAAUAUCUAUUGAAGGAUAGUAGCCAAAUUUUCCAAACAUAUAAAGUUGCUAAUAAUAAUAAUACAGAUAUUAUACCUAUGAUUGGAUUUGAUCCAAUAGGUUGUUAUGUAAAUGAAUUGAAAAAAAUAUAUUCUGAGGUAGCAUUAUUCUUUUAUGAUCAAUAUGGUGGUAAUAUAAUUGGUGUAGUAUGGAAUCCAUCUUAUUUUACACCAAAACCUUGGAAAACAAAUAUUGAAUUUUCAUCAAUUUUAUUAAAUUUAGUUGAAAAUAAUCAUCAAAAUCUAAGAGAAUAA